AUGCUUAGAACUUUCAUAAAUCAGAAUCUCCAGCCAUCAAUAAUUACCAAAGAUAAGGCAGAUAAACAAUAUGUACCAUCAUGGAAAAGAUCUAUAACAGAGCUUAAUUCAUUUGUUGACAUACUCGCCUCGGAGCUAUUACUUCCUUGGGAAGUACUAGAAGAUGCACCAACAUUUCCUAUAACUGCAGCACCUCAUCAAAAAGUUUUGUCUUGGCUGGGAAUGACAGAAAAUAAUCAACAAGAUCCAUUACUACUAGAUGAUAAUCAUGAGCAGCCAAGGAUAGUUACACAUGCUCAAAGUCCUAAUGCGAUUCAAAGACCUAAUACAUUUGAGGAAAAUCAUGACAGUGAUUUUAUACAAGCAUUUUUACCCAAAGUCAAAUCUCAAAAAGUUCCUGUUUCGUGUGUACCUACUGGUGUAAAACAUUUACAUCACAAGGCUAUGGAAUAUGAUAUUGGAGUUUAUUUUGAAGUAAAUGGUCAUGGUACUGUUAUCUUCAAAGAUUCUGCUCAUAAAACCAUCAAAGCUGCUGCUCAAGAUAAUAGUUUACCUAAAAGUGAACAGAAAGCAGCUUUAAUUUUGAAGUAUGUUAUUGAUGUUAUUAAUCAAACUGUUGGAGAUGCUUUGAGUGAUAUGUUGUUAGUAGAAUUAAUUUUACAUGCUAAGGGAUGGGAUGUAGUUACAUGGCAGGAAAGUUAUGAGGACCUUCCUAAUAAGCAAGUAAAAGUAAAAGUUCAAGAUAGAAAUGCAAUAACUACUACAGAUGCAGAAAGAUGUUGUGUAACACCUAAAAGAUUGCAGGAAGAAAUAAACAAAAUUGUAUCUAAAUAUCCGAGAGGGUGUUCUUUUGUGAGACCUUCUGGAACUGAAGAUAUUGUUCGUGUGUAUGCUGAAUGUGAGAGUUAUUCUGACAUUGAAAAACUCACUGCUGAAGUGUCAUUAUCAGUUUACAAUUUAGCAGGAGGAAUUGGUGAAAUCCUCAAGUGCCAUCAUAAAUUGAAAUGA